CCGGAAACCUCUAUGCUCCUCCAUCACUCUGUCUCCACCGUCGCGAAGCACUCAGCACCCUCAUUAAGCUCCCUCCACCAACUCAUCCUCCGCUCUCAGUCCCUCUCCCAAACCAAACAAUCCCACGCCCAUGCAUCCAUAUCCGGUCUUCUCUACCACAAUCCAUCCUCCAUGGCCGCUCUUAUCAUCUCCUACUCCACCUUCAACGACCCCAUCUCCUCCCUCCGCCUUUUUCGCCUCAACCCCCUCAAGCCCCGAAGCGCAUUCCUAUGGAACUCUCUCGUCCGCGCUCUAUCUCGCGCCGGCCUCAAUACCCAAUCUUUUUCCGUUUACAACUCCAUGAUCCAGAGCUCCGUCUCUCCUGACAACCGCACCUUCCCCUUCGCUCUCUCCGCUUGCUCUGCGGCUGUUUCUUGUGAUGUUCGAGCUGAGGACAAGGGGAAGGAGCUGCAUGCUGGUGUUGUAAAGCUGGGGUUUUGCUCUGAUGUCUUUGUUGGGAAUACGCUAGUAGCGUUUUAUGGCGCGUGUGGGGAUGCAGGAAGUGCGUGCAAGGUGUUUGAUGAGAUGUUUGAUAGAGAUAUUAUUUCUUGGAAUUCGUUGAUUUCUGUUUUUUUUAAUAAUGAGUUGUAUUUUGAUUCGAUGAGUUGGUUCUGUCAGUUGGCGAGGUUAGGAUUGGGAGUUAAUUCGGUCAGUGUUGUUAGUGUUCUCCCUGCAGCUGGAGCAGUGCAAGAUGGCAUUUUUGGUGCUGGGAUACAUGGCUAUGCGAUUAAGGUUGGUUUGGAUUUGAAUGUAACAGUCGGAAAUGCUUUGAUUUGUAUGUAUGGAAAGUGUGGAGAGUUGGAGGAUUCGGUGCGAGCGUUUGAGAGCAUUAUGGUUAAGAAUGAUGUUUCAUGGAACUCCAUUAUAGGAAUUAUUGUUCAUGCCGGGCUUUCUGAAGAUGCUUUAGAGAUGUUUAAGGAAAUGUUGCUGUACAGUGGAAUGGAACCUAAUGGCAUAACAAUUGCUAGCCUGCUGCCAUUAAUUUCCUUUGAGCUUCUUCAUCUCGGGAGAGAAGUUCAUGGAUAUUGUGUCAAGCAUGGAAUGGAUUCUGAUGUAUUUGUUGCUAAUUCGCUAUUGGAUAUGUAUGCAAAAUGUGGGUUUUUGAAGAAGGGGGCAACUAUUUUCAACAGGAUAAGUAAUAAAAACGUUGUUUCAUGGAAUGCUAUGAUAUCAAACUGCACCCAAAAUGGAGAUGAGAUGGAAGCAAUCAGGUUAGUUGGUGAAAUGCAGCUUAGUGGGGAAGCUCCCAAUGCUGUCACCUUCACAAAUGUGCUCCCAGCUUGUGCUAGAAUAUCAUCUCUAAACAAGGGAAGGGAAAUCCAUGCCAGAUCUAUCCGAGACAACUGCCACAUUGAUUUGUUCGUAACCAAUGCUUUACUUGACAUGUAUGUCAAAUGUGGCCGGCUGAACCUUGCGAGAAAUCUCUUCGACGUAUCGGAGAAAGAUGAAGUUUCUUAUAAUGUGUUAGUACAGGGUUAUUCUCAGAGCGAUUGGUGCUUAAAAGCUUUGAAUUUGUUUCAGGAAAUGAGAGUUAGGGGGAUGAAAUAUGACACUGUUUCCUUCAUGGGAGCCUUAGCAGCUUGCGCCAAUCUUCCUGCGCUCAAGCAAGGAAAGGAAGUUCACUGUUUUAUAUUGAAAAAACAUAUUGAAACUGAUCUUUUUAUCUGUAACUCAAUAUUGGAGAUGUACAAUCGAUGCGGGAGGGUGGAUCUGGGAAGGAAGAUUUUUGACAGAUACCCAAAUAAGGAUGUGGCCUCAUGGAACUCAAUGAUAAUUGGCUAUGGAUUGCAAGGCGAUCUUGCAACUGCUUUGGAUUUAUUUGACAGAAUGGGAGAUGGUGAAGUAGGCUAUGAUCAUGUAUCAUAUGUGUCGGCCUUAUCGAUCUGCAGCCAUGGCGGAUUAGUCGAGCGAGGAAAGAGGUACUUUGAUCGAUUAUUAGCUCAAAAAAUGAAUUUGACACAAAUGCAUUGUGCCUGCAUGGUCGACCUCUUUGGCCGAGCGGGUCUAAUGGAUGAGGCUGUUAGCUUCAUCAAGGAGAUGCCUUUUGAAGCCGAUUUCAAUGUAUGGGGGGCGCUGCUUGGGGCUUGUCGACUUCAUGGGAAUAUUGAGACGGGGAGGUGGGCGGCGGAGCAUCUUUUCAGACUGAAGCCGGAGAAUAGUGGGUAUUAUGUAUUGUUAGCCAACAUGUAUGCUGAAGCUGGAAGAUGGGAUGAAGCAGAUAAGAUAAGGAAACUAAUGAAAUCAAGGAGUGUGAAGAAAAAUGGAGGUUUCAGUUGGAUUGAUAGUGGGAAGAGGCAGAGGGCUUUGUUAAUGGGAGAAUUGGGAGAGGGAGGUGAGGACGGUCUGUGCACUGAUUCUAAUUGUAUCUGAUGUUUUCAGAGAUCAAGAAAUAGAAUCACACCUCUUUGGCCAGAAAUUAUUUUUUGGGAGCUUUACGUACAUACAGCUCCAUUCUUGUGCAUUUACAUAUCUAACACCAAACUUCAAUUUUUUAAGUUAAAAUAGUGGUACUUUCGAUAUGAUCUGAAAGAUUUCGGAUGUGUAAGUGUCAAAAGUAAUGUUUAGGUGUUAGAUAUGUAAAUAUAUAGGAAUUGGGUGAUAUGUAUGUAAAUGUGCCUAUUUUUAUGACAAACACAGUUCUUUGGGAUUAUUCAUUUUGUUUCUAAACAAUGUGUUGCAAGUUGAAGUGCCUUUGGCUGGAAUUAGUUGUCCAAACUAUGUCAAUUGAAUUUGGAACAAACCGAGCAAGAAUGCAAAUUAAAAUGAAUUUCCUUGGCAAAAGAAAUAAAAUUCAGGUGAAGUAGUCCUUUGUGAGAGGAUGUCAAGCUCUUUGCUCAUUAAAGAUCACAAGCAAUCUGAAGCAGACUAUAAAGGAGAUGAAUUUAAAUCAAUCUUCAAGCUCGAAAGACAUUAGAUUGCGUAAAUUUUAUUGUGACGGUAAUUUAGAAUGUGUGGGGUGUUUAUACCUAAUAAAGGCAUGAAUCGUUGAAGAAGGUUUUAUAGGUGUUGAAGAUAUCGUUCGGUGGAUAACUAUGACUAUUUUAAAUUGAUUGAUGAAAUGGAUGAUGUACAUGAUUUUGAAAGAAGAUCGAUUGAGGAGA